CUUUUAGUGUGUGGUCUGGUCAACAAAGUUCCAAGUAGCACGGGCUAUGGUGAGCCCGUAGUGGACUUACCUGGCACAGGAGCGGUGCUGUGUGGCGUUUAACUAGCUUUGUGGCUGAACCAGAAAUCCCCACAGCAAUUUGACCACAACAAAACAAAUAAGACAGUAGCUUUUUUGACCAGGCAAGAUGUCUAUGUCAGGUGCAGAGUACCUGGCUUCCAUCUAUGGCACAGAAAAGGAUAAAGUAAACUGCUCCUUCUAUAUCAAAACUGGGGCUUGCCGGCACAGUGAAAGAUGCUCUAGGAAGCAUAACAAACCACAGUAUAGUCAGACUGUGGUGAUGCAGAACAUGUAUGUGAGUCAGCAGAACUCAGCCAAGUCUGCAGAUGGUUCUCACCUGGCAAAUAUGAGUGACCAUGAGAUUCAAGAGCAAUUCGAGUAUUUCUUUGAAGAUGUAUUUUUUGAAUGUGAAGAAAAAUAUGGUGAAAUUGAAGAGAUGUGUGUCUGCGAUAAUCAGUGUGACCACCUACGAGGGAAUGUUUAUAUUAAAUUCAGGCGAGAAGAGGAUGCUGUAAAGGCUGCAGAAGAUUUGAACAACCGCUGGUACAUGUUCCGUCCAAUCUACUGUGACCUGUGCCCUGUUGCUGACUUCCGUGAAGCAUGUUGUAGGCAAUUUGAAAUGGGCCAGUGUGGUAAAGGAGGAUUCUGUAACUUUUGGCAUGUUAAACCAAUUUCACAUCACCUCAAGAAUCUACUUGCCCGUUCCUCCCGUUCUCGAUACAAAUAUCGUUCUCGCUCACGCUCUAGGUCACGUGAUAAGCAUGUUGAGAAACAUGUAGAUGUCAAACAUAGGCGAAGGUCUCGAUCACGCUCCCGUGAUCGUGAUCGUCGGGAGCGUAGAGGGCGUUACUGAGAAGACAACAAGAUUGCUUUAGUUUUUUAAUUGUCUUUUACAUAGUGUAAGAGUUUGGAAAUGUACAACAAAUGCAUAAAAAUUGUAAUUAAUCGGAGAUUUACAAUAUUUAGAACAUAGUGGUGAUAAAAAGCUGUAACUGUGAACUGGAGAAUCUUUGUAGAAAUUGCCCACAUUUUUCAAGGAAAUUUGACAUUGGGUUUAAUUUUUAUCCUCGAAUCCCAAAUAUAUAUAUCGCUGUAUCUGAAUGGCCAUUAGAAUUAAAUAAUGCUGCAAACAGUAUUUUCAUAAUUUUAUAAAUGCUCAAAUUGCAACAAGGAAGUUUAGCAAUCAUUAUAAAUGCACAGACUUGAAGGUGGUUAUGCAUAGUAAAUGCCCAAACAUUUCACACAUUUUAUACACUUCAAGUAUGCCAUUUAUGAAGGCGUUAUUUCAUUUCAUAUUUAUGCUCUUUAACAUGUGUUACCUCUCACUUGUUUCAUACAAGCCUUAACACUCGUUGUAUGAAGGAAACUUCAUAGUAAUCCUUAGUGGACCAUUCAGAUACUGAACUGUAGGCUUAGUGAAUGUGACAUGGUUAGUCAUUGUCUCGUACAGGAAUUUGUCUCUUCUCAUUUGUUUUGAGAAUAGGUCGAUUGUCCUCAUACACGUUGUUUGUGGUGUCUAAACCGGUAGGAUUAGAGGUAGACAAUAGGAAAUAGCUUUGACAGCAUAGUUCAUCAUUACCAAAAAUUAGGUUAGGUCUUAUUACCUCUGAAUUGGCAUAUUUCUGGUUGCUGAAUAUUGAGUACGGUAUUGAGUUUAAUCAAAUUGUUUACGACUUACUAACCAUGUCACAUACUGUCAUAGAAAUGGGCCAUGCAAAGUGGUGGUAUGUUACUUGGGAAAUGUGUUGUAUUUUUGUUUUCCAUAAAGUAUUACUUAGGAUUGUGCCUGUAACAUUUCAUUUGAAAUAUCAGUGAAUACAGGUCUCAGCUAA